AAUCUCAGUAUUUCUGACUACUGAGUCACUUAUCCAUAAUGGAGAUGGGGAUGGAUAAUCUUCAUAGCACUGGGGUUUAUGUUGUAAAGUAUCUCCAGGAAAACUUCAUAAAGUCCCAAGACUGGUUUGUUUUUGUCUCCUUUGCUGCUGAUCUCAAAAACACCUUCUUAAUAUUAUUCCCAAUCUGGUUCCACAUAAGUGAGUCGGUGGGAGUCAAGCUCGUCUGGGUGGCUGUUAUAGGGGAUUGGCUCAACCUUGUCUUCAAGUGGAUCCUUUUUGGACAGAGGCCAUACUGGUGGGUACAUGAAACGACUUUCUUCGUUAAUAACUCAGCUCCUACCAUCCUCCAGUUCCCUGUGACAUGUGAGACUGGACCAGGAAGUCCCUCUGGACAUGCCAUGGGUUCUUCUGCUGUAUACUACGUGAUGGCUCAUGCUGUGCUUUCAGUUCUUCUUGAAAACAAGACUACCCUCAGGAGCCAGUUUCAGCGCUGGGCCUUGUGGCUGUUUUUUUGGAGCGUGCAGGUUAACGUCUGUCUGUCUCGCGUAUUUGUGGCAGCACAUUUCCCACAUCAAGUUAUUGCUGGUGUAUGUUCAGGCAUGCUGGUUGCUAAAAUAUUCAACCAUGUCCAUUGUAUCUACAAUGUCAGUUUCAAAAGAUAUAUAUAUGCUACACUUUUUCUUUUUUUCUUUGCCCUGGGAUUCUACCUGAUCCUAAAGGUUUUUGGAAUAGACCUUCUGUGGGCACUGGAGAAGGCCAAGAGAUGGUGUGCCAGGCCAGAGUGGAUCCACAUUGAUACUACUCCAUUUGCUGGUCUCCUUAGAAACCUGGGUGUCUUCUUUGGCCUUGGGCUGGCGCUUGACACUCAAAUGUACAGGGACAGCUGUAGAGAGAAGAAGGGUGGACAGUUCACCUUCCGCCUUUGCUGCAUUAUGAUUUCUCUGCUGGUUCUCCAUCUCUUUGACUCACUGGAACUUCCCGCUGACAAAGAGAUUCUCUUCUACUUUUUGUCCUUCUGCCGGAGUGUUGCUGUUUCCCUCACUGUUGUGGCAGUUAUCCCUUUCUGCAUAUCUCAUGCUCUCCAGUGGCAAAAAAAGAAAGUCACAUGAUAUGCAUUUGUAUGGAUGCCUGAUCAACAUAGGACAUUAGCAAAUAUCAUAGGUAGUUAUUCUUUUUUGUUAUUAUUACAUAUUCAUAAAUUACUGAUACCGAACAUUUGAUCAGAAUAUUCAAAGGGUUCAGGAAAUCAGGACUAUGUUUGUAAUUUGUAUCUCUGCUGAAGAAAGUGGAAUGGAAAUUUUGACAACAAAAACUUUAAUAAAAAAAAAA